GUCAGAGAGGUAGUUUGAAACAAAUAUUUUUAAAUUUUGUACAAAACGUCUCAUAAAACAUACAUUCAGAGGAUAAGCUGCUCUGGGGUAAAAACGUUUCUACUACUGUUUGAGUGUUCUAAGAGAUGUCACAUCUGGCAGCACAUGAAUUAUCGCUAGCUAUCUCUGGUCGUCCUUCUGGGAUCCAGAUAGCUUGUAAUGGGAUCUACCUGGCUGUUCCUAGAGGGCGCUCUACGAUUGGCAUCUGGAGUCUCAAGAGCAUUGUCUCAAAGCCCCUCGAGUUAGAGGGCCACAGCAAAGUCAUCACAUCCAUGUGUUUAGUAUGUAUGACAUCGCAGAAGUCAACUUUAUUGUGCUCAGCCGCAGAGGAUUACAUCAUUAUCUGGGACAUUGAAAAAUGCAGAACUGCAUAUCAAAAUGGUGCACAAAUCAGGGGUCAUGUGAUUGGCCAAACCAUGGGGCGGGUCCAGUACUCCUGCUUCAGUUCUGAUGCCAAGCUCGUUGCAUUGUGUAUUGAAAGAGAGGUUCAUAUCUUACCCACAAAGCUAAAGGAGAAGUCCACUGGUCCACUUGCAGUACUGGAAGGCCAUACAUCAUAUGUAAAUGCUGCUCAGUUUUGUCCGCACUACAGUUCAACACUUGUCUCAGUAUCUGAUGACAGGACCUUUAAAAUCUGGGAUGUUGUAGGUUGUGAACUGAUUUACCAGAGCAGUAUAAUUUCCUCGUCUCCUUUCAUCUCAAUCUCAAUGCAUCCACGGCUGGAGCAGUUUGCUUUAGGGUCAUCUGAUGGUGUGGUACGUGUGUAUGAUACAACAGAGGGUAAUGGCUUCAGGUGCCUUAACACUAUAGAUGCUGAGAAGCUAAUCUCCAAACACAGAUACAACAAACUACAGGCUGCAACUGAGGCUGCUACAGGUCCUGUGACAGUGAGUAGCAGACCUGCGUGGCAAAGGGGGAAUAAUGGAUCAGUUGGUCCAAACCCAAUACUCCAGCAGGAAGAUAGUGAGGCUGGCUGUGCAAUAUUAGGUCUUCACUUUACGUACACUGCUGAUAAGAAAGAAGAAGAAGACAACCCUCACGUGCCAUCAUUCCUCAAACCAGAGACAACAACUUUAAAGGAUAUAUUCAACACACCACCUAUAUUAAUGAUUGGAACGACAGGAGCUUUACUACAAUUGAAUGCUAAAUCUUUGGAAGUCAUCUCAAUUAUUGACUCUACAGAUGAACUGCUAAAUCAUAAUGCCUUUGAUGAUGAAGGUGACACACUUGGCCUGGCAGGAUCCUAUACUUUUGGACAGGGAUUUGAUGUUUCCCAGACAUUUUGUGCAGUUGGCAACCUAUUUGCUAAUGGCUUCAACAUACUCCGUCUACCUCAUUCUUAUAAUGCUGGAGGGAAAAUAAGCAGCAGCGGUGUUACGGAUGAACACCAAUUGGACAACAGUGAUAUUCUAGAUAUGGGAAGGGUUGCUGAUGGUCUUGACUGCUUUACCUUGGAGACGAGAAGUGAGAAUCAAGAAAUCACAGUACUCUCUAGUGUUCCAAUCUGUGCUAACUCCCCUCUCAAAGCUGAGUUGGUUCCAAAAACCAAACAUGCACCAACCAGUGCUAAGAAAUCCCAGAAAGGAUUCCUCAAAAAAAGCACAAUAGGAGGUGACCAGGCACUGACCUUUAAGUCAAGCAUCAAGUCAUCUGGAUACACAGAGAAACCAAGAUCAAGUAUGUUUUCCCCUCAGACCAGAACAAAGCCGCAAAAGAAACCAGAUUUAGGGAAGAUAUCAAAGGGAAUGGAAAGGAAGGAGUACCCAAUGAAUUGUGAACCUCCCAUUGAACUUGUCAGUAAGAUAGACAUAGCCGAGAGACCUACUCCAGUCAACAGUAUAACAUUCUUGGGUGAUGGCUCCUGUGUAACUUGUGGUCUGGCUAAUGAAUCUGCCCAGGUGUUACGGUUACCCUUAAGUUCGGGGAAAGGUACCACAUUCACAGGUCAUAAUGGUGCAGUCAACUCGGUGUUCUGGAGUCAUGACAACAAAUACUUACUGACGUCAUCAGAGGAUAACAGUGCUGCCCUCUGGUGUCAGAACCAAACUGAUCCUAUUAUGACAUUCACACAAGUCAAAAAUAACUUUAGAGUUGACAAGGAGGGUGACAAUAAGCUUGACAAGGACAAUCCCAUAUUCUCCAAGGCAAUUAAACAUGCUCAAUUCUACUUCGUGGACAAGUUCAUUAUUCUUGUUUGUUCCAACACAUUCUACAUGUACAAGUACAAUUUGGACACCAGCAAGUCAGAUGUGAAGAGGUAUCUAACAAAGAGUCACUAUAAGAUUGUCAAGUCAUUCCAUUUAUCUGGGUCACAGCAAAUAACAGCAUUUUCAGCUGUUAAUCAGUUUCACUCAUAUAUAUCCCUAUGUGCAGGGUCCAACAGGGCAUUAGAAGUGUUUGAUCUCAAUGUGGCUAAGAGUGUCCAGACCAUAGAAGAUAUCCAUUCCAGACCUGCUCAUGUAAUAUGUCAAAAUCAAGGCUCUGCCUAUGCUAGUCAUCCAUCAAGUUCUUAUGAUCUGUUUCUAACCGCUGCGGUAUCUGACAGUAUAAAACUCUGGGACCUCCGCAUGAACAGGUGUGUACAGAGAUAUGAAGGUCACCAAAACAGGGUCUACCCAUGUGGUCUUGCAAUCAGCCCCUGCUCAAGGUACAUAGCAACAGGUUCAGAGGAUAAAGCAGCAUAUGUGUUUGAUAUAAGGAAAGGGACAUAUCUUCACAAGUUAACUGGGCACACAGACACUGUAUCAGAUGUUGCCUUCCACCCCCUCCACCCACAGUUGGUGACUGCUUCAUUAGAUGGUAAACUGCGUCUUUAUAAACCACAAUCCUGACAGCAUUGCAGUUCUGACAUCAACAACAACUCUGAUAUCAAUUCAAUUACAAUUAGUUACACUCCUGACAUCAACAACAACAACAACUCUAAUAUCAAUCCAAUUA